AGGGAACCGUCCACAUGGAAUGGUGCCGGCUUUAAAACCAGACAAAAAUCCCAUUCCUCAUUGCUCAGAGAUCAGUCUCCCACUCCUUCUGCGAUUCCAAUUUUUGGGUUCUUCUUCACAUUUCAGUAUUUGAUCCCCUUUCCACAACUUCCGCCCCGAAUUACCCAGUUCGCCGCCCGCAGCCGUCGCCGGACAUUGCAACCUCCGCUGCCGCCGUCGCCGUUCCCCCCAAUGCUACCCUACAAAUCAAUCGAGGAGGCGGCGGCCCACUUGGGCCGCAACCUGACCUACGCCGAGACACUCUGGUUCAAUUACUCCGCCGACAAGUCCGAUUACGUCCUUUUCUGCCACAACAUUCUCUUCCUCUUCCUAAUCUUCUCGGUGGUUCCGCUCCCGAUCGUCUUCAUCCAGUUGCUCCGAUCCCCUUCCUUCGGCAAGUACAAGAUUCAGCCCAAAGUCCAGCUCUCCACUGCUGAAAUCUUCAAGUGCUACAAGGACGUCAUGCUCACCUUCUUCUUCAUCGUCGGUCCUCUGCAGCUCGUCUCUUACCCUUCCGUCAAGAUUGUUGGGAUUCAUACAGGGCUGCCAUUGCCGUCAGGGUGGGAAAUUGCUGCCCAGUUGUUUGUUUACUUUGUGGUUGAGGAUUAUACCAAUUACUGGGUCCACAGAUUCCUUCACGGCAAAUGGGGGUACGAGAACAUUCACAAGGUUCAUCACGAGUACACAGCGCCAAUUGCAUUUGCUGCACCGUACGCUCACUGGGCUGAAAUCUUGAUCCUUGGGAUCCCAUCUUUCCUGGGACCAGCAAUGGUUCCUGGUCACAUGAUCACUUUCUGGCUGUGGAUUGCUUUGCGGCAGAUGGAGGCCAUAGAUACGCACAGUGGAUAUGACUUCCCAUGGAGCCUCACGAAAUACAUACCAUUCUAUGGUGGUGCCGAUUACCAUGAUUAUCAUCACUAUGUUGGGGGCCAAAGCCAGAGCAACUUCGCAUCAGUGUUCACCUACUGUGAUUACAUCUAUGGAACUGACAAGGUGAGUAGUAAAACAGACCAAAACACAUUGAGAAUCAACUAUAUCAGUAUACAUUCUCCUUCGAUAUCUAAGUCGUUCUUCUAAUCAUGUUCACCUCCUUUCUUUUCCCGUUCAGGGCUACCGUUAUCAAAAGAAGCUCCUCCAGAAGCUGCAAGGAAUGAAUGACGGAGAAGACCGCAAUGCAGGUUUCAAAUCGGACUAGACCGACGACGCAAUCAGAACUCUUCAGGUAGCUGAAGCCUAUGAUGGAUAGAUCUCCAGUGUGCCACAUUUUAACAAUGGAUGGGAUUCAUUUGGUGACUGGAAGGGCGUCCAAGUGUUUUCUUACAGCUCUGUUUUUGUGUUAACAUGGCAAAAGAAAAAGGUUGGUUAGCUUGUGUUGUGUAAGCUUAGGCAGAGUUUUCUUUGUGAUGGAUUGUACUCGUAUGUCAGUGGAGAAGUGGAUUAAUUAGUGCGCUGUUUUUGUGAGUUUGAGAUCUUUCAUUGUUAUUUUUAAGCCCCAGAAAAAUAGCGUACUGGUCUGUUUGAUACUUUGAUGUGUACUGGUUUUUUUAAACUUGUCGUAAUCUAAGUACUUCCAUUAUUUUAAUAUGACUAUAAAUACCAAA